AUGAAUAUUAUGUCUUUUAACAUAAGAGGGUGUGGUUGUGUCAUUAAAAGAAGGAGCUUGAGAAAGAUGAUUGAUAAGGGCCAGGCAGAUAUGGUGUUCUUGCAGGAAACCAAAACUCAGGUGGUGGAUUUUAAUUUCAUUAGAAGUCUCUGGGGUCACGAUGAUUGCGAAUGGACUAGCAAGGAUUCGAAUGGAGCUUCAGGGGGUUUGUCUAUAAUUUGGAAAAAAGGCUUAAUUAAUCCUUUAUUCAGCUUCAGAACGGAGGGAUCGGUUGGCAUCGGGGCAGAGUUCCAAGGUCAGAUAUGCUUUUUUGUGAAUGUAUAUUCUUCCUGUCACAUUGCUGGUAAGCGUCUGUUAUGGUCUGAAUUAGUGGAGCUUAAACAAAAACUCCCUAUGGGGUGGUGGUGUGUCGGUGGCGAUUUCAACGCAAUUAGAAAUGCUAAUGAAAGACAAGGAAACAAUAUGAUUACUAGGUCGUCUGUAUCUUAUGAGUUCAAUGAUUUCAUAGAUUUGAUAGGUUUGGUGGAUGUUCCUACUAUUGUCAAGAAGUUUACCUGGUCUAAUAAGGAUGGGAGUGUCAAAAGUAGGUUGGACAGGUUUCUGCUCUCAUCAGAGUUAAUUGAUGAUUGGAAGAUUGGUGGUCAGAAGGUGGGGGAUUGGGAUAUUUCAGAUCAUGCUCCGAUCUGGUUAACGGUGAUUGAUAAGGAUUGGGGACCCAAACCGUUUCGUGUGAUUAAUGGAUGGUUUGAGAUAAAGGAAUUCAAGGCUUUCGCAGAAUCCUCGUGGAAGAACAUACAGGUGGAGGGAAAUCAAGCUUAUGUGGUGAAAGAGAAAUUCAAACUGUUCAGAAAUAUUCUAAGGAGAUGGAACAAGGAGAAAUUCGGUCGGAUUGAUCUGAAUAUUCAAGAGGCUACUAAGAAGAUAAAUGGGUGGGAUGUCGAUUGUCAAGGGCGUGUGGAGGCCAAGAAUGCCUUGUGGAAAAAUCUGCAUCUCAAAGAAAGUCUUUUGCGUCAGAAAUCCAGACAGAAGUGGCUCAAAGAAGGAGAUUCAAACACAAAAUAUUUCCAUCAGGCGAUCAAAGAAAGAAGGAGGCGCAACAACAUUGUGGCAGUGCAUCUAGAGGACGGUUCACUCAUUGAAGAUGUGGUUGGCAUUAGAAAAGAAGUGCUGCAAGAAUUCAAAGCUAGAUUUAAAGAGGCUAUAGCAAUUAGACCAACACUGGAAAAUGAGGGAUUCAUGAAACUAUCAUUGGAGGACAGGGACUUUUUAGAGGCUGAAUUCUCAAGAGAAGAAAUCAAAGCUGCUGUGUGGGAUUCAGAUGGCGAGAAAUGUCCGGGCCCCGACGGUUUUAACCUUGGCUUCAUUCAAAACUGCUGGAAUUUUAUGCAGGAAGAUAUCGUUAAGCUUGUCAUGGAGUUUCACAAAACAGCAUCCCUUCCUAAGUCUAUCACAGCUUGUCAUGGAGUACCGGCCCAUUUGUCUGAUAGGGAGUCUGUAUAA